AUGGACAUUUUCAAAGCUGUCGCCAAUGUUGGCUCCAAGUUAAUUCCUCUUGUAUCACCUCUGCUUGAUCCAGUUGGCGGAAUACUCGGAUCACUUGCUGAGAGUGAAAUGUCUAAAAAACCUUACAUCACAAACAACAGUACUGCAGAGCGUGUUAUCCUCGCCGAGGCUGCAUUGCAAGCAGUCCUUGCGUCAGAGCAUACUGAAGCACUCACCUAUUAUGCGCAAGGAUCAAUUAUGGGUCCUCGGGUAUUGACCAUUUUAGGAAAGAACAUUAUCACGGGGAUUAUCAAAUGGACCGCAAUUUCCCACCAGAUAAACACAGAGGCUUAUUAA